UCAUUGCAAAUUCCCGGACUGCUAGGAGAGGAGGAGGAAGGGGGCGGAGGAGAGAGGGCUGCUGCGCGCGCCGGGCAGGGGGCACCCGGGGGCCCGAGUCGCUGGCGUCUGGUCCGGCAGAAGCCGCUCGCGGGCCGUUCUGGCUCCGGUGGCCUCACCAGGAAGCGUCAGAGUCUCGACACCGGGGGAGCUCCGAGCGCCGCCUCCGCCGCCGCCGCCGCCGCCCGCCCGGCUCUCGGUCCCCAAGCUCUCUCCCCGGCUCCGGACCGGCCCCUCCGCCCUCCGGGACCCUCCGGCUCGGGCGUAUUCCCGGGCGAUGGCUGGCCACUGAGCCAUGGCUCAGUACGGCCACCCCAGCCCGCUAGGCAUGGCUGCAAGAGAGGAGCUGUACAGCAAAGUCACCCCGCGGAGGAACCGCCAGCAGCGCCCGGGCACCAUCAAGCAUGGGUCGGCGCUGGACGUGCUCCUGUCCAUGGGCUUCCCCAGAGCCCGCGCACAAAAAGCCUUGGCAUCCACAGGAGGAAGAAGUGUUCAGGCGGCAUGUGACUGGUUGGUUGUUCUCCCACGUCGGCGACCCCUUCCUGGAUGACCCCCUGCCCCGGGAGUACGUCCUCUACCUCCGCCCCACUGGCCCCUUAGCGCAGAAGCUUUCCGACUUUUGGCAGCAGUCAAAGCAGAUCUGUGGCAAGAACAAGGCGCACAACAUCUUCCCCCACAUCACCCUCUGCCAGUUCUUCAUGUGUGAGGACAGCAAGGUGGACGCCCUGGGGGAGGCCCUGCAGACGACAGUCAGUCGCUGGAAGUGUAAAUUCUCAGCCCCGCUGCCCCUGGAGCUCUACACCUCCUCCAACUUCAUCGGCCUCUUCGUGAAGGAAGACAGCGCAGAGGUCCUCAAGAAGUUUGCCGCUGACUUUGCUGCAGAGGCUGCCUCCAAAACCGAAGUGCACGUGGAACCUCACAAGAAACAGCUGCACGUGACCCUGGCUUACCACUUCCAAGCCAGCCACCUGCCCACCCUAGAGAAACUUGCCCAGAACAUCGAUGUCAAACUCGGGUGCGACUGGGUGGCUACCAUAUUCUCGCGGGAUAUCCGAUUUGCUAACCACGAGACAUUGCAGGUGAUCUAUCCAUACACCCCGCAGAACGACGAUGAGCUGGAGCUGGUCCCCGGGGACUUCAUCUUCAUGUCUCCCAUGGAGCAGACCAGCACCAGCGAGGGCUGGGUCUACGGCACGUCCUUGACCACCGGCUGCUCCGGACUCCUGCCCGAGAACUACAUCACCAAGGCUGACGAGUGCAGCACCUGGAUAUUCCACGGUUCUUACUCCAUCUUAAACGCAUCAUCUUCCAGCGCGCUCGCAUUUGGGGACGGCCUGUUGGAGAGGCGGCAGAACGAGGACCAGGGCCUGGGGGACACCACUCCCCUCACGCUCAUCUGCCAGCCCCCCCAGCCUCUGCGGGUCAGCGGCCAGCAUGGUCCUCAAAAGAGAUGCCUGUUUGUGUGUCGGCACGGUGAGAGGAUGGAUGUUGUGUUUGGGAAGUACUGGCUAUCUCAGUGCUUCGAUGCCAAAGGCCGCUACACACGCACCAACCUGAACAUGCCGCACAGCUUACCUCCGCGGAGUGGCGGUUUCCGAGAUUAUGAGAAGGAUGCUCCAAUCACCGUGUUUGGAUGUAUGCAAGCGAGAUUAGUGGGCGAAGCCUUGUUGGAGAGCAACACCAUCAUCGACCACAUCUACUGCUCCCCGUCCCUGCGCUGCGUUCAGACUGCGUACAACAUCUUGAAAGGUUUACAACAAGAAAAUCACUUGAAGAUCCGUGUGGAGCCUGGCUUGUUUGAGUGGACAAAAUGGGUCGCUGGGAACACAUUACCUGCCUGGAUACCUCCUUCAGAGUUAGCUGCAGCCAACCUGAGCGUUGAUACAACCUACAGACCUCAUAUUCCAGUCAGCAAAUUAGUGGUUUCAGAAUCCUAUGACACCUAUAUCAGUAGAAGUUUCCAAGUAACAAAAGAAAUAAUAAGUGAAUGUAAAAGUAAAGGAAAUAACAUCUUGAUUGUGGCCCAUGCAUCUUCCCUUGAAGCGUGUACCUGCCAACUUCAGGGCCUGUCACCUCAGAACUCCAAGGACUUCGUACAAAUGGUCCGAAAGAUCCCAUACUUGGGGUUUUGUUCCUGUGAAGAAUUAGGAGAAACUGGAAUAUGGCAGCUGACAGACCCACCCAUCCUUCCUCUCACCCAUGGACCAACUGGAGGCUUCAACUGGAGAGAGACUUUGCUACAAGAAUAAACUACACAAGUGAACAAGAAGGAAAGGCUUGACGAAGGCUUUGGGAGAAGUACCUUUUUGUGUGUUUAGUCACAGUGGGAAAGUCUGCACCACGUUUUCAGUGGACAGCUCAGAAUAAUUUAGCAUAUUUCCUUUCAGGCUUUAAAGUUCUUAGGAUGAGACCGUGUCAAGGAGAGAAAGACUUGAUUCAGGGAUAAAAUUCAUUCUCUCUGGACUCUUGCCUAGCUAACAAGGCUUUCGAGAAUUGUCUUCCUAAAUCGGGGCAUCUGCAACAGCAUAGGACGUCUUCUCCCCUUCGACUGUGCUGGCCAAGGAGCCUAAGUUCUCCCAGAGAGAGCUGCCAGCCCACUCUGGGGAAGGAUGCAGGAGGAAGGACGCAGGAGGAAGGACACAGGAGGAAGGAUGCAGGACAAUCCAGCUAGAGGGACACCGAGCUGCCAGUUUGGUGACGGGAGGUUCUUUUCAACUCCAUGUUCCAGUUAAAGCCAAACUGAGGAAUUCUUUUACGGUUAUUAGAAAACAACCCCCAACCGAGAGUUGCUCUUAGGUUUCCCACCAAUUUCUACCCUCACAAUGACCCACACACCAGUGCUGCUGGCUCAGGACGCCUGCUUGAGGACUCACACCUUCCCGCCUCAUCACUUUCUCUAGCGCAGCUGACUGCAGCUUUUUGCUAUGCUCCUGCCACCUUGCUUCUAUCUGUGAAAUGGGGAGACAAAGCAUUUUCGGUCUCCAGAGCACUUUUGGAUACUCAGAAGGAAGAUCAAUGUGUGAAGUAUUCAACUGUAGGAGCAAAGAACUUGCAAGGUAUGAAGUGGCUUGGAAUUACCCGUGUUGCAGCCUAAGGAGCCACAGCCUUCACUCAGCAGUGAUUUGCUUGUCUUUGCCCCCAAGGGUUUAGACCAUGCUAACUAGUUAGGGAUGUUGCCAUUUCCAAAAGAUGUCCGUUAAAUACAUCAUUUGACUCAGCAAGAAGCUCAUCCUUGUGCAAUACGGACAUCCUUCCACGCCAUACCAAGGGUCAGGUCACUGUACGCUUACAGUACAUGCCAGCCACAGCAGAACAUCCACAGAUGAAUCGGUGACAGCCAGGGAUGUCUAAGGAAGUCAGGGAACUAACUUAAGUGAUGACAGUCACAACUGCACUGCUACUAGUGCUGUCGGGGGGGGGGGGGUUGGUUAGUUUGUUUGUUUGUUUUCCUAUGCUAAUUUAAAAUACAUAGGUAGGGCUACUUAAGGAAAGUUGGGAGAGCCACGUCCUGUGGUAUCUCAUCACACUUGCUUCCUAAAUUUAGAGGGAGUUUAUUUAAAAGAAAAAUAAAUGACAAUCAAACCAAAACAUCAGUUAUCAAUGUCUAUUUAAUUGUGUGACUACCUGACUAUUAACAGCAGCAGACAGCGGUCUGGCAUGGUAUAGUUCACUCUGUAGAAUAUAUGUGCAAAAUGAAAUCCCAGCCAUUGAAAGAGAACAUUCAUGUAAAACAAACCAAUAUAUAUUACAGCAUUAAAUAAGCUUCAAAACGCAAAUGCAUAAAACAUAUGGUAUAUAUAAAGAGAUCUAUGCUCCUAUUUGAAACAAGAAUUUGAUAAUCCUUUAAAAGAAGAGGAAGUGAAGGGAUGCUGGUAUGUAAGUGAAUCAGCAAGAGGGUUAUUCUUGGCUUUUUGAAAAGUCAUUGAGAGAAAUAUGUCAUGAAUUUUACAUUUUAAGAAACAUAUUUUGACUUCUUCCAACACUGCACAAACACUGACCCAGCUUCUGGGUAUAGAAAUAACUCUGUGUCAAUGUUACUGAUUAAGAUAGAAAUUUUAAUCUUAAAAUAAGGGAAAUACUCAUAUUAAAGGUUUUAAGAGAAAAGUCACAUUGCAGCUAAUGUAAUGUCACCACCAGUUAUUCCUUUAGGCUUUAACAUCUCAUAUCUGAUUUCCUUGAAAAUUCUAGCAGUGUGUCCUGGGCAGGGUCUGUACUUGUACAGAACAAAGUUCAAAACAGGUUAUCCUCUCCCUGCCUUUCAGUGGCCUUAGGUGGGUUUAGCUGAGCUACAGUCCCUGUAUUUAGUCCAAUAUGGACAGCACCUUAGGCAGUCAUCUUCAUGAGCAAAGGAAGGCAGAGAUCAGAAAUAAUUUUCUGAACAAUUUAGGUGGAAACACCUUAAGUAAAAGAGUUUAUUCCUCUGCAUUAAUUAUCCAGAUUGCUUAUUAAAAUGGCCUGAAUGAUCAGAAUUCACCUUAAAUUCUCUUUUCACAUUUACCUACUUAAAAAACUAAACUUGGACUCCAACUGAGAAAUUCUUUGUAAGUCACGGUGAAUCUAUGUGUAAUAAAAGGAACAGACAACUGACUUAAUGUGAUUUCAUACCCACCUAAAAAUUCUCAAUUGCUGUUACAACUCAAAGUUUAAAGCUGAUUCUCUUUGAUCUGAGGCUGAUGCUCAUUUACAAAUAUUUUGGUGGGGCUAGGGGAGAGAGAGAAGGAAGAAAGGAGGGAGGAACGGAGGGAGGAAACAAAGAAGAAAGGAAGGAAAUGGUAGAUAAGAAGAACCAAAUGGUUUCCUGCAGAGAGGAAUUUUUUUUUUAAUGUAGCAAGUUAUCUGAAAUACACUGAGAUGAAAUUAACUAAAGGAUUUAAUCUGACAUUGAAAGUCUGAAACAUUUGCUGCCUGUACCAGUGAGACAUCAACCUGCUAAUGGCCCAGUAUUAUUCAUAGAUAGACUUUGGUUUCAGUGGUUUUAAAAGGCCAUGUCUAUUCCUCUGUGGACUAGAAUAAUUGGCACAUUUUAAUGCACAAGCUGGGGGUCUCAUUUUCCCAGGCUCUCUUCUCCAUCCCUGCACUGGUAGCUAGGAGCUUACUGCUUCACCCCAGCAUGGAGUUCAGAAUACAGUGUUUUCCAUUACAUUUAGAUUCAUAGAAUCUGAAUGGCUGAUUAAAUGGCCAUCUGAUGGCUGAAAGAGGGGGGUAUUUUUCACCCUGUGUUGAAAGGCUUGGAGGAGUUUCUAGUUUUUAUUUUAAUGAUACUUUAACCAAAGAAUUAUUUUGAAGUAACCUUAUAUUUGAAAGACAAUUUUGCAAAAAAUGAAAAUAAAAAAAAUAUAUAUAUCCUCUGGAGUAUUGUCAGUUUGGUAAAUCAUUGUUGAUAAUUUCCUUGCAUUUUAGGCCGAUGUGGUCAUGUUCCUGUCAGUAGUAUUUGGAAUGCAUAUAUUUGUCAUCCCAUUGUGUUUAGCCGCAUUACCAUAAAUGUAUCUUUUCCAUUCAAUACGCUGUGCUGGUAUUAAACGAAGUCUCUCAUGUCAGUUACCUAGUGUCACUGGGAACUAACUGAAGAACUACAGUAAGAAAUGUUCCUAUCUCGUUGUGGUAAAAAGAGAGGUAUUCCUCGUAACCUAGGCGCUCUGCAACUCCAGUGUUAAAUUUGAACGCAGUGAUGAAUUGCUCUUUUGAAUUUAUUCUAAGUAACGUGUGUGUUAGAAUACAGAUGAACUUCCUUUAAUUUUCAGAGGCACAGUCACAACUGUUCUGUGUCUGCACCAGCUUCUCAGAUAAUGAGGCACUGGGUUAUUUGCAUUUAAAUUGUAGUUCUGCACACGUGUGAGAACUAAGAGACGGCCAGUCUAGUCAGCCGGGCUGCCUUGCCAGGGAUGAGACUGGCAGAGGAGGGUGGGGAAAAGAGUGAUUUAGUAUCUACUUAGGUUAAUGUUCACUUUACAAAGGUGAUGGGGGGUGGGGAUAUUUUGUUAGGUGAUGGCAGAUGCUUUUUGUGUUUAAACAUAGGAUUAAAAUUGGAUUUGCUUCUCUUUAAUACUUCAACCCAUUGAAUUUUCCUAGGGAAGUGACUAGCUAUAACAAAAAUUCAAGCGGAGGGGAGAAAUCGCCUCUAAAUGUAGAGGAAGAAACUUGCUUUUUAAACACAUAUAAUAUUAUGUUCAGUGUAUGUAGGCUUACAAUGUUAAUGAUGAAUAGUCAAACUUAAUAUGCAAACAGUUCCUACACAUUUUACACCGUACCAUUUAGCCACCAUUACUCACACAGAAACUGGAAUUUUGCAGCCGUUCAUUCUUGGACUCUGUACAGGAUACAUAUAUAUGUAUAAUGGGAAAUGUGUACUGGUUCUCUCUUUGUUUGCCGCUCAAGAUGGGAACACCAUUUUGGUGACGCAUAGACCAUUCUAAACCUGAUGUCUGAGGAAGUAUAUUGGUUUCUUUCUCUUUUAUAAGGCUAUUGUAUCAUUUUUUUCCCCUCUGUGAUUCAGGUGUAUUUAUUUGGAAAGGGUUUGUAAUUAUAAAAAAGGAAACCACACUUAAUUGUAUUGUCAAAUUCCUUGUAAACGACCUGUGGCGUCUGCGCUGUCCUGGCUGCGUGCUCUUCCUCCAGAUACACUCUGGCAGCACUGUAAUUAGUUCAUCCCAUUCCAUGGGCAUCUCCAUUUAAGUGGUUCACAGGUGAUCUAAUAAAGAGAAACUGUGUCCUCACUCAA